AAGCGUGAUAAUAUAAUAUUUCAAUUUAAAAAAUAGGAAGUAUUAAAGACAAUAGAACAUGUAAAAAGUCUAAAACGAUAAAAAGAUAAAAUGAGCCAAUAAGGGUCCAAUACAUUAAAAUUGCUAAUUUUGGUAGGCAUGCAACUAUGCAAGUAAAGAAUAAGGAGUAUAUUAAAAAAAAAAAAAAAGUAAAGAAUAAGGAGUAAUUUUUUUUUUAACCAAAAAAAAAAAAAAAAAAGAGUAAUUUUUAACUUUAUGAGAGAUUAUUAAUUACACCUUCUACCCUUCUUAAUUUUUGGUCUUGACUAGUUUAUUUGGAGGAAAUGUACGGACAGCCACCACCUACCCAAGCAGCAGCAUCGUCAAGCAGACAUGAUGUAGCACUUUCUAUUUCUCCUUUACCGGAAUCCUCUUCCACCACCGCUGUGCCGCCGCCUUCACAACCACCACCACCACUGUCAGCAAAUAUCAGAAACAGCAGCAGAGAGGAUUUUUUAAAAUUUGGCUUGCCACUCUACAAAGCAGCUUUGGAAGGCAACUGGGCAUCUGCAGGACAAAUUCUGCAUCAAUCUCCUGAUUGGAUCCGAAAGCCAAUUGCAAAAGGAGGAGAAAGAGUUCUUCAUAUUGCUGCAGCAGCCAAGCGCACCCAUUUUGUAAAAGAGCUGGUGAAGCUGAUGAGCAGAGAUGACUUGACCUUAAGCAAUGAUGCCAAGAACACAGCUCUUUGUUUGGCUGCAACAUCUGGGGUUGUUGAGAUUGCCAAGGUGAUGGUGGACAAGAACGAUGCUCUCCCAAUUAUCAGAGGUAGCCGAGAUAUGACACCCCUUCAGAUGGCGGUCUUGCUAGGGCGCAGGGAUAUGGUGUGGUAUCUUAUCACUGUCACUGAUGAUGAUCAAUUGACUGAUGUUGAUCGCAUAGCAAUACUUACUAGUUCCAUUAACACUAAUCUGUUUGAUGUUGCGAAUCAUUUACUGAUUAAGCAUCCCGAGUUGGCACUUCUUCGUAAUGGGAAGGAAGAAACUGCAUUACAUACAUUGGCUCGGAAGCCUGUAAGGUCCGGAAGCUAUCAUGAACAAAGCAUAUGGAAAACACUUGUUGGACUAGGAGGUAAGCUAGCUCAAGGAAAGGUCCCACAACAGCCAUUAGAGCUACAACUAGUACAGAGGAUUUGGGAUGAAGUUAUCAAACAAGAAGAAAAGAAAAUCUCGUUCCUUAUUGGAUCUCCAUGGAGACUGCUUUUCAUUGCUGCCAAAUGUGGUAAUGUAGAGUUUUUAACAACACUUAUACGAACCUAUCCUGAUCUAAUAUGGAAAGUUGAUGAAGAGAAUCGUAGUAUUUUUCAUAUUGCUAUUAUAUAUCGCCAUGAAGAGAUCUUCAAGCUGAUAUAUGAAUUAGGAGCAAUUAAAGACCUGAUAGCUGUUGACAAGGACGGAAAUGGCAAUAAUAUGUUGCAUCUGGCAGGUGCCUUAGCUCCUUCACAUCGUCUCAAUUGUGUCUCAGGAGCAGCUCUUCAAAUGCAAAGAGAGCUUUUGUGGUUUAAGGCUGUGGAAAAGGUUGUAAGUUCAGAAUAUGCUGAAGCUGAGAAUAAUAACCACAAGACUCCUCGUGCCUUAUUCACUGAAAAGCAUGAAGGAUUAAGGAUCAAGGGAGAAGAAUGGAUGAAGCAGACUGCACAAUCCUGUUCUGUAGUCACGACCCUCAUCGCUACAGUAGUCUUUGCAGCAGCAUUUACCUUGCCCGGUGGUAAUGACAGCAAAGGAGCCCCAAUGUUUGUGCAUCGGCCAUUGUUUAUAGUCUUUUCCAUCUGUAAUGCUCUAUCAUUGUCUAGCUCCUCUGCUUCAUUACUGAUGUUCUUGUCAAUCCUGACCUCUCGCUAUGCGGAGCAUGAUUUUGUCAAGUCAUUGCCGCUGAAACUGAUGUUAGGAUUAACAGGGAUGUUCAUUUCAAUAGUGACUAUGAUGGCAGCCUUCACAGCUACCUUCUUUAUUACCUUUCGCCAAGGUCUGUAUUGGAUUCCUAUUCCCAUAGCGCUCUUUGCUGCAGUUCCAGUUGCUCUGUUUGCUUUCCAGCAAUAUCCUCUCUUGCUAGAUAUAUAUCAGUCAACUUACAGAUCGUGGUCUUUGUUUCAACCUACUAAACCAAAGCUUUUCCCAAGUUAUCCAACAUAAGUGAUGAAGUACAGCUGAAUGAACAGAUAUUUGCAACAAUUCAGAAGUGUUUCUUCUCAUUGUAAACUCUUCAUUUACUUUACUUUUCUGUUUUUCAUGUUUCCCUUUAAAAAUGUGAAUAAUAAGAUGAUUAAUGUCGAAGGAAUGUAAUCCAUCUAAGCUUUACAUUAAAGAGCUAACAUUUUACAUACUACAUAACAAUUCAGUAGUAGACAUUCAUGAGAGCUCAGAAUAUGGUUUGCA